GUCGUGGGGCUGGCACUGAGCGCGCCCCGAGCCGAGCUGGCGGUCCUCACGCCGACCGACGGGGCCGAACCCUCCCCCGCCGCGCGCGCGUGCGUGUGUGUGUGUGUUUGUGCGGUCGUGUGUGUAUGUCUCGCUCUGUGAUCUGCCUAUGAAGAGGACGCUAUGGGGGAGUCCCCCGGGGUGGCGAGGCCCCCGUCAGCCACUGGAGCUCCAGGCCGGCCCGGUGGAGCGGCGCCGGAGCGGGCGCGAGGCGCGGCGAGCCCGCGGCUGAGGCCCUGAGGGCUGGCCUGUGGGCUGCCCUGAGGGCUCGCCUGAGGGCCCGGCCCUAGGGUGGCCCCCGGGGCCAUGCGGCGGCCUGCGCUCAGCCCGGCCUAGACAGACCAGUGCGGGCCGCGGACCCCCGCCAUGGCGGACGAGCUCGUCGAGAUCAUCCCCAUCCCCAAGACGUUUCUGGAGAAGCUCACAUUCUACACCACCGCCUUCUUCAUCCUGCUGGGCACGUUCAGUCUGUUUGCCUUCCUGUUCCUGGUGCCGUUCGUCAUCGACCCGGCCUUCACCACCAUCUUCAUGCAGUUCGAGCCGGUCCCUGCGCUGUGCUUCACCGUGGACACGUCUAGCUUCCGCGGCGCGUCCAACUGCUCGUGGGCGUCGUGCCGCGAGGGAUGCACCCGCGAGGUGUACGACUGCACUCAGAUCCGUGUCAACUACAAGCUGGUCGAGUGGCCGAGUGGGCCUAGCAGCGGCGCGCUGCAGGCGGACAGCAACGACGUGCCGCGGCGGAAGCGCCGGAGACGCGAGGAGGCCGACGACGUCCUGUGGGCGUCGGGUGCGGUGUGGUCGGCGGGGCGCGAGGACCUAGCGCGGCCGCGGCGCUGGGCCAGCCGCCGGGGUGAGGACUGGUGGAUGACGCCGCGGCAGCGCUCGCACGCCGACCACCACCAGCCGCUGGCCCCACGCCCGGACGACCCCGAGGUUGACGACGUGCUGUCCUCUAUAGACGACGACCUCGUGGACGAGGCGCGCGGGCUGCACGAUCUAGACGACUCGCUGGCCGGGUCGCUGGACGGCGCCGCCCUGGACGGCGCGCUGGACGGGCCCUCACCGACGGGGCUCAUGGGCAACGACUCGGAGUGGUACUUCGUGCACGCGCGCCUCUUCCCCAACGUCAAGGGUUGCGGCUACCCGCCCAUGCUCAACUGCUCCGUGUUCCUCAAGAAGUACCGCGAGUUGGGGACCAACUUUUCGUGUUUCUACAGUAAGAUCGACCCGGGGCUGGUCAUCGAUGACCUGGACAUGUGGCAGGUGUACAUGAACCUAGUGUACGCCAUGGCCAUCCCCAUCCCUUCCUUCAUCAUCUCCAUCAUCUACCUCACCAUUGCCUACUUUAAGAUCUACGCCGCCGAGGACGAGGACGCCAACGCGACGGGGGUGGAGAACACGCCACUGCCGGGAGCAUCGCCUCUGCCGGGGGCGACCUCGGGCGGCAUCACGCCCAUUAGCGAGGUGUUCCGGGAUGACAUGGCCAGCUUCGGCCACCAGCUCAAGGUGGCCAUGGUGGACGAGAUGUCGAGAGACAGUGUGCAGGAUGCGUGCAUCGUCACCUCCAACUCCAUGGGCAACUGCAUCGGCAGCAUGGGGAGCAUCGCCACACCGCACGGAAACUUGAGCAGGACAAUGACGACCAGUAUCACAACUCCUCCUGGGCCGAUAGCCGAUCUCUGAAGCGCAGCUUCCAGGGCCUCGGAAACGUCAGCUGGAAGUAACGCUCACCCGCUGUGCACCACCACGCUCCACACCUCGGCAACUCUACUCUACGCCAUCAAACUACGAUGUGGCUUAUGUAUACUACAUAUGUACUCGCCCAUUGUUUCUUAGCGGGGUAGGCUUUUGUACAAGGCGAAUGGUGUGGCGCUCUCUGUUUAGCCAACGGUACAGUGUCCGGAUUCCUGCAGAAGGUAUUGAGUGCGUUGACACGAGCUCGGUGUUGUGCUUUCUGUGUCGUGGGAUAGAACGGAACACAUGCCUGUGUCUGGCGCUCGACUGCAAGCAAGGCCCGUUUGUACUUUGCCAUGCAAACAAGUUAACUUCUGCUGAUUAAACUUCUUGGUUGUAAUUGUGCGAAAUAAGAAAAAUUGUGAUAUUAAAUCCACUGAAAAACAAGUCCUUUCCUAACCUUUAAAGGUGCUAUCUCGUACUGAAAUAGGGUCGACUAACCGCCAUCGGAAUGAUUGUCACAAUGCAGUCACUAUCCUCAUGUUAUAAACUGCUGUUGUGAGCCGUGCGCCUUUGUAUGGUACCUUUUCGGGCGGUAUGACCCCUUCAUUAGUUUCAAUGCUGGUUCUCAGAAACGAUUUAGGCCAACUGAUUGUUGCAGAUAGUCCUCUUAACCUUUGAGUGGUACCAUGUUACGUCUUUGGAUCGGUCAGACACUUGCCACUUCAUAUUGUCAAGGUCUUCCCCACUUGACUAAUAUAAAAGCAAGUUGAGCCAUAGCGGUUGUUUUAUUCGUGAUGUAUUUCUUGUUCACCACCGUGGCGUUCACUGCCCUGGAAGCGUUCGCUUUACCCUGUGUGUGACGUUGAGGGGUGGUCACAAGACGUUACCUGAUUUUUCUUAGAAAUAUGUUCCCCGUGAACUAUCUGACUUGUUACUUGAUUUCUGCUACUGCGGAAACUAACUGAAUUUCUUGAAUUUUAGUAGGUACCUUUUCCAAAUUUAGUAAGGAUGUCUUCUUGUACAGUGUUUGGCUUUUCGGCAUUAUCUUGUUUAAUUGCUCAGUAUCUAAACAAACCAACGGUAAAUUAAUGAUCUUAAAGGAGACUGUCCUGUGCAAACAAUUAAUAAUCACUUCGUUGAUCGUUUUUAGAAAAAAAAUCAGCAGGUAAAUUUGCUAAACCUUUUGGUAGAUGUAGCGUUAAUAACAAACUUGCUGUGAUAUGCCGACGAAUCGAACGAACUGCAUCGCAUAGGGAGGUCUAAAUAACGGGCCAAGUACUUCCCAUCUUAUCAAAGACAGCUGUGAAUGAAGGAUGUAAAGCCGUGACUCCUGACCAAUUCCGAAACAAGACAGGAACUCUGGAACUAAAUUCAGGUUUUAAGCUUCAUUAUUUUUCUAAAGUUUGCACUCUAGGCACAAAGGCGAUCAAUUACCCCUCAAAACCGAUAUAUUUCUACUUUGAUCUCAGCUUUGCAUUGGUGGUAAGAACCUUUGCGAUUUUCAAAGCUAUAUGAGUUAGUCGACCGUCUAGAAUACACGCCUUUAAACCAUUUCCCGUAUUUUUAUAAAAAGGCACAGAAAUGUACCGACGUUUCUAUAAGUGUCGCUAGAUUCUUCAUUAUAUUGCAGGGGUGCUCGAUCGAACCCAUCAGAAAAGUUUGUCUUUGUGCCACGAUUAAAUAAAAUUUACGUAUGUUGAAAUUUGUUGAGUUGUGGUUGUUGUGUGACGUUCUUUCACAUGUUCAAUGUUUUUAUCAGUAAGAAACGGUUAGCUCACAAAAUAUUCAACACAAAUUACAAUUUAAUCUGGUAAGGGCUUCAUGUUCUUUACGCCUGCAAAUGGAAGAUAUUUUUAAUACUGCUGUCUAUUUAAACCAGUGCUUGACUCAUACCAGAACAGUCUCCAAGUUUAAAUUUUUUAUAAAAUUUCAGUCUUUAUCAUUAAAACGCCUCUUUUAAAAACAGACUUAAAAGCACCCAAUGAUUGCAGCGCGAUCUUUCUGGGUUUGAUUUCAAAUUUGAAAUUAUAAUUCAACUAUUUUAAAAAUGGCGUAACGGUAGUAUUUCUGUCACUUCCAAUUACAACGGUAUAAUGCUAAUGGUAUGCGACUGGUGCCUAUAUUGUGUUAUGUUUUCAUCUUGCGGCAUUUUGUACCGUGAGUCUAUAGCGUCGUGAGAUCAACAACCUAACUGCGGUGAGCGGUUUCUAACCUUAUGUCCUUGAAUACUCAUCUGUAAGUCCCGUUAAGAAUGCUACAGGAGUAAAAGACUUGAAAUUUUCUUCUGAACUGAUAAGGACACUUAUUCCCUUAGUAAUAUAAGGAUUAAAAGGGUCCGAUAGGCACAAUAAUUUAUAAUGCUAUUGCCAGUCAAAUUAAUAAAUUAAAUAAUUAGCCGUUUGAAAAACCUCAGAUACGCACACAAAAACGUCCAGUAAGAACGAUAAAUUAACUCACGCGCUUCAUGAUGUUAUGCUGCAAAUCCGAAGUGUUGAAUAUCACUACUGCUCCUACUUUCGAGCCAUGUUUGGUUGUAGGGGCUCUUGAUCGAAACGUCAGAUUGACGUAGGACUAAGUAGCAUCCUCACCUAGAAAACCUACUCUCCAGACAAGAGAAACGCUCUCAAACAGGAUUUUCAUCUUGAUCCAGGUGCAAGCGGCACGCUCGAUCCAAGAUCUGAUCAUAAUUAAGAGAAAAAAUUUACAUCGGAACAAGAGGAUUUUUCUGGUCUGAAGAAAUGAUAUUUCUGUGUGUACUCAUCAUCAAAUAUUUUUAUUCGCUGAAAAUUGAAUGACAUUCUUUGAGAACAAACUACUGUACCAUGUAAACUUGUUUCUGAUAAAAAAAAAAAACAUGACUCAAGUCAACUCGUUGAAAACAUGUGCCUUAAAACGCUGCGACGACACUUCCUUCGAAUUGUGUUUGAAGGCUCGUCCUGAGCUGUGCAAUAAAGUAAGCGUUUUAUUGUUGUUAUUGUUGUUGAGCUUUGCUAAACCCCGCUGAGCGUGAUGCCAAUUACUAAAGUUACGAGGACUCUUGUUGUAAAUUUGAUACCCUGGUGUAAAAUUUCGUUUUCCUUAAUCCUGUUGUUAACAUUAAAUGAGUGUUUCGUACAGUG